AUGGAGAAUUUCACGGAACUCUCUUUUACUAACUCUUUUGAAAACAAUAGAACCACCACCCCGAUUUUUACCCUAGGACCAGAAUUCUUUGCUCAGUGGAAGCUCCAAAGGCAUAAAGAUAAACUAUGCAAGACAGUGUACAGCGGCAUCCUGACGCUGACGGAAUGCUACGACUCAUUCAACGCCACCAAAAACUGGACCUGGGAAGACGAGGACCCGCUCAAUAUAUUCGCCAACGGCAUCGACUGGCUUAGCGGCAAAUUUAACGGCACGGACGAAUCGAACACCAGCAACGCCAUCGGCUCUGACCCGACGAUAACUCCGGUACUAGCGCCCUUCGGGUUAUUGGAGACCAUACUGAUAGCGAUCAGCUUAGGGAUUUGUAUCAUUCUCACAGUCGGAGGGAACAUAUUGGUUCUUCUCGCCUUCAUUGUGGACAGGAACAUUAGACAGCCUAGCAAUUAUUUCAUAGCUUCGCUUGCUGCAACGGACAUGCUCAUUGGAACAGUUUCCAUGCCCUUCUACACGGUAUACGUAUUAAUGGGAUACUGGAACCUCGGUCCCCUCCUUUGCGAUCUGUGGCUGUCCGUGGACUACACCGUAUGUCUGGUCUCCCAGUAUACCGUCCUCCUGAUCACCAUCGAUCGAUUCUGCUCAGUGAAGAUCGCCGCCAAGUACCGCGGUUGGCGGACGAAACAGCGGGUGAUUUGGAUGGUUACCAUCAUCUGGAUCAUUCCGGCCUUGCUGUUCUUCAUCUGCAUAUUCGGCUGGGAGCAUUUCAUAGGCUACAGAGAUCUGCUACCGGGACAGUGUGCAGUACAGUUCCUCAAAGAGCCCAUCUUCAACACAGCGCUCAUCAUUUCUUACUACUGGACUACUCUAAUUGUUCUCUUCAUACUUUAUGGAGGUAUAUACAAAACAGCGUUCGACAUGCAGAAAAAGAGUGAAGCUAAGCAACGCAAGAUGCAAUCCAUGGUUGCCCUGAGCGCGGGCGCGAUGAGCGGAAUGGCGGGUAGGGCAGCCGGUAUAGGCUUAUCCAAGACACAGAGCAGUCUACUGAGUCAGGAGAAACCCGCCACCUUAGCCGUACUAGAUUCAUAUCAGGCUGGAGGAUCGGGAGACUCCAACUCCAGCCAAAAGACCACAUGCUCCAUCAGCAACAGCACCACCAACACCACCACCACGACCACCGCAAGCGAGAAACGCAACCUUUCUCUGCCCAUGUGCAAACCCGCUCAAGAAACGGAUAAGUCCGAACGGAGCAGCAGUCCUGCUUUCGACUCUGACGAAGACAGCACUGCCCCCAUGCAAGAUAAGCCUCAUUCCAUCCUGGCGACGAAGAAGAGGACUUCCAUUGUAGGUAUAGUCAUGCAGACUAGCGCCCCUUUGCACGUGUUCAAUAACAGCACGAACAAGGUAAACGGGGACAUCUCCCCUGCCAAAAACACAGCGGCGCGCCCCGUGGCCGAGAAACCUACAUUGCUGAAAAUCGUAGAGAGGGAACCAACCCUAAAGCCCCCGGAAGAGAAAAGCAAAGUGAACACGAACAAUAAGCUGCAGACCGAAGUGACUAUAAGCUCGGACAGGCCGAUCACCUCCGUUGUUAACGAGACCGAUCCAAAGACCUUAACAGAACCGAGCACUCCCUGCGGCGUUUCAGGUGUCAGCCAAACAGAUUCCAUGGACAAUCCGAAAAGGGUGUUCGUGAAAUCUAUAGGAAAGAGGCUGAAGGGAAGGAAGAAGACUAUCGGGCCACUAGGCGGGUUUGGCAGGCAAAAGUCUAAGUCAGAGAACCGAGCCAGGAAGGCUCUAAGGACGAUUUCUUUCAUUUUGGGAGCUUUCGUUGUAUGUUGGACCCCUUACCAUGUCUUUGCGCUAGUGGAAGGCUUCUGCACCGAUCCCCCAUGCAUCAACGGACAUGUUUAUAUGUUUUCCUACUUCUUAUGCUACGCCAAUAGUCCGCUCAACCCAUUUUGCUACGCCUUGGCCAACCAGCAGUUCAAGAAGACCUUCACGAGGAUUCUGAGGGGUGAUUUCCACAUGUCGUAG